GAUAGGUGUGAAAUAUGAUGUUAUGUAUUUCGGAGAUAUGUUUGAAAUUAUUCUGCCCUUUGCUCACUGCAUAUACGCUAUUAUGUGGAGUGGUAGGCCGCUAGUUGGAGGAAAAGGAGUGGUAUCGCCUGGGGUGCGUUCAGUUCGAUUAUACGUUUGCUACGUUCCGUAACUGCUUGUACUGAACGUCACGGUCCCCCCAAUACGUUCAACGUUCUUGAAGCCGUUUUUUUUGUUACAGCUGCUCAUGUCUUGAACAGACUGACACGUAUUAAACUCAUUCCACAGAGGGCCGAGUGUCUGCAGGUGUUCGCUCCACCCUUGUACUUGAUUAUUAGUAAGGAACUCCCCUCACCUGGUAGUCUAGGUCUUGAUUGAAAGGAGAAACACGGCCCUCCGUGGUGAGUUUGACACCCCUGGACUAUGAGGUACGUUUGCGCCGUUUGGUUGCUGUGACUUAUUAAACGGGCAGCGGUGCAUUUUGAAUCCACAACCCAUCCCCUCCUGUUUUUUUACUGGUCGUUCAGAACAGCACCGUUUACGUUACAUUACGUUUUUUCGUACUGAACGCAGCCCUGUGCAUGGCGUGGAGCCUACUGGAGAGGAAAAGCGUCCUGUCAACAGCCUCACCCAGUCAUACCAGAGGGCGGAGAAGAGGGGAUGGCAGAAAACAGCUCCGAUACUUGUGGUUCCGUUUAUCGGAGAUGUUUGACUCAUUCGCCCGGGGAAAAAACCCAGGCAACCAGUAACGGGGUAUCCAAAUGGGUUCGCUUGAACGUGGGGGGAACGUAUUUCUUAACGACACGACAGACGCUGUGCCGAGAUCCGAAAUCAUUUCUGUAUCGACUGAGCCAGGCUGACCCCGACCUCGACUCUGAUAAGGAUGACACUGGUGCCUAUCUCAUAGACAGAGACCCCACAUACUUUGGGCCGGUACUGAACUACCUGAGGCAUGGCAAGCUGGUGCUCAACAGGGAGCUGGCAGAGGAAGGUGUCCUGGAGGAAGCCGAAUUCUACAAUAUCACAUCGUUAAUAAAGCUCCUCAAGGACAAGAUCAGGGAACGAGACUGCAAAACAAAACAGGCUCCAGUGAAACAUGUGUACCGGGUACUGCAGUGCCAGGAGGAGGAGCUCACCCAGAUGGUGUCCACCAUGUCAGACGGCUGGAAGUUUGAGCAGCUUAUCAGUAUAGGUUACGGGCGGGCCCAGCAGUCAGAGUUUCUGCUGAUUGUGUCAAGGGAGGUGAAGGGGGAGGAGCCUACUUUCCCAAGCCACAGCGGAGAGCUGGUCAGCAUUGGCUCCUCUUAUAACUACGGAAACGAGGACCAAUCUGAGUUCCUGUGUGUAGUCUCCAAGGAGCUGCACAACCAAUCAUAUGGCCCAAACAGUGAGCCCAGUGAGAAAGCCAAGAGCGAGGACGAAGAGACGGAUUAUGAAAUGAAUGACUCUGAUUAGGGUUGAGCACUUAUGACUCAACGAUUCUUCAGGAGAGGGGAUCCAGGAUGUGAAUGAUCAAUAUUACAAGCCCCAAGUAUAGAGUACCAUAGUAUGAGUCAUAAUACCCAUAAAACCUAGCAGUCAAACAGGGAAAUGGAUACAAUCGUUUU